AAUGUUCGAACGUAGUCCUGACUGGUAAUUCUGCUGAUCUUUUCAGCUGUACGGAGGCAUAGUGCGGAAGCCAUUUUUCGGCCCUGGUAGAAUUACACACGAGUUCGGACUAGUUACCUGACGAAGAUGAUCUUCGACUUUGCGAGAUUCCUCCGUCAUUCUUGAGUCUUGCCUUCCCAUGUCACCCAAAAAUACACAGUCAACCCCAUCUGGAAGGAAAUGACCGCAAAACUACCUCUUCUCGUCGUUUUUCCACGCCGCAAAUAUAGCGAGCGGGACGCGUGCUACAUCGAAUCGUGAGGAUGACCUUCAACUCGCGUCCGGACGGUCCAUAGCGGUCCGGUACACGGUCCAUAUAUCUCGGAAGGCCUCGAGGUUGGGACGCCAACAAUGCUUCGACUGUUGUGCAUUUUUCUUUUGACCCUUGCGGCUGCCUUCGGGCAGGAAUGUACUUUGACACCCUCAGGUGGCGACGAUGCACCCCAAUUUCUGGCGGCUGCAGCUGCUUGUGAUACCGUUGUCAUCCCGGUCGGCAAACAGCUCAACAUUGCCACGCGGAUGAAUAUGACGGGUUUAACCAAUACACAUAUUAACCUGGAAGGCAGCAUCCGGUUUGAACCUGAUAUUCCCUACUGGACUGGAAACGCUUUCUAUUUCGACUUUCAGGAUUCUAUCACAUUUUGGUUACUUGGUGGAGAGAAUAUCGUUUUGAGUGGAGGCAGCACUCUCGAUGGGGCCGGUCAGGCAUGGUAUGACGCUUUCGCGUCAAACUCAAGUCUCCGCCGUCCUAUCAUCUUGACCAUUUAUCAGGCGACGAACGCUCUAGUCGAGGACAUACAGAUGAUCAACAGUCCAAUGUGGUUCAAUCUUGUCUACGAGAGUAACGAUGUCACAUACAGCAACAUCAAUAUCACUGCUGUGUCGACUUCGAAGAACAAGAUCGCGAAUACAGAUGGAUGGGAUAUUUAUCGCAGCGAUACCGUCAUUAUUCGAGAUUCAUCUAUCCUGAAUGGGGACGACUGCGUCUCUUUCAAGCCCAACACUACGAACGUCUUAGUGUCCAACUUGAGUUGUAAUGGGUCACAUGGAAUAUCUGUAGGAUCCCUCGGUCAAUACUCUGGUAUCUUUGACAUUGUAGAGAACAUAACGGCCACUGAUAUAUCCAUGUCGAACGCGCAAAACGGUGCUCGUAUAAAGGCAUGGGCCGGGUCUGGCGUGGGGAGUGGGAUUGUUAAGAAUAUCACUUUUACAAACUUCGAGGUAUCCAAGGUCGAUAACCCGAUCGUGAUCGAUCAGUGUUAUAUGACAAGCUCAAGUGAAUGUUCCAAAUUUCCAUCCAAUACGUUCAUCGAAGAUGUUUGGUUCGACGAUGUCUUCGGUACAUCAUCCGGGGCUACUGUCGCAUCUUUAGAAUGCUCUCCUGAUAGUCGAUGCACCAAUAUCAACGUCAAUGACUUGAAUUUGAAAGCUGGAAAAGGAACCGCCAAGUAUGAGUGCCAAAAUGUCGAUCUGAGCGGGAAUGCUGUAGACCUCUUUCCUGAAUGCACAGAAACGUAGGAUAGGUAAAACCAAUGAGCGUCAGUAGCGAAACUCGCAACAGACUAGCCAUGGUUUUCAAGUUGUGUCAUCGCCGGCAACGGCGGUCCGUAAAUCAAUUCCAAAGAUACUCGGAAAGCUCUUCGAACGCUAAGUGUCCUGGCUCAGCGUUAAUGAUCAUGACGGCCUGUUCCUUGUCUUGUGACAAAAUGUGAAGUGCCGUGUUACCCGAUCUAUUGCUUGAUACCUCGGAUGCAUCCGUUAAUCCCUGGAUGACUUCCGAAUCCUUGGUUAAGUUAGUGACUGGCUUCUAU